AUGAAGCUAUUCACCGCAAAGAUUUGGAGGAAGAGGGGGAGGUGGAAGAAGAAGAAGAAGAAGAAGAAGAUGGCCCCCCCACCGGCUGCGUUCGAUCCGGAUGGGCUGGCACAGCGGGUCGGAGAGCUGAGUAUGAACUCAAGGAAGAAAGUGGAGGAAGAUAUCUUCGCCCGAGGAGAGGAGGAGGAGCCCAACUCAGCCUUGGAGCACUUUGAGCGGGCGGUUGAGAAGGAGGCUGCAGGCAAUCUUGGCGACAGCCUCCAGCACUAUCGCAAGGCAUAUCGACCGUCGACAAGUCCUACCGCAAUAAGCACUAUUCCCAUGUCUGGAAGAAGCCUGCCCAACCCCCCUCCCAGCGAGUCAGCUGCAGUGCCCGUGACAGCCCCGGCGCCUACAGCAGCAGCUGAUGCUGACACUGAGAAUCUUUCCACUGCCGAACUGAUCGCCUCAUUCGCUCAUCUACCCAUCCCGCAGGCCGAACCCUUGGUAGAAAACACCCCUCCGCCGCCAUGUCCUAUCGCGAAAGUCCCUUCAGAGGUAUUGAUCGAGAUACUUAGACAUGUUGCUGUGCGGGACCCUGCUACCUUUGGGCGGAUGGCCUUGGUCUGUAAGCAAUUUGCUUAUCACUUCGUGCACCAGCAAAGUAUCUGGAAACACCUCUGUCAGCAGCCCGAGUUUGGCUUCGAGGGGAUGCAUUAUGCAUUCUCUUGCGAUACCCUUGGACAGCCCAUCUAUACCCUCAGCGGAGAGCGCUACACGCCCUUCCCGGAAGGAGCCCCUUUAGAGAUCCCGAAGCCGCUAUCCUCCUGGAGCCAGGUGUUCCAGUCCUACCCCCGAAUCCGAUUUACGGGUAUCUACAUCAGCACGGUUAACUAUAUGCGACCGGGAGCGGCCUCGGUCUUCCAGACUACCUCAUGGAAUAGUCCCAUCCACAUUGUGACAUAUUAUCGCUACCUGCGCUUCUACCCAGACGGAUCAGUGGUCUCACUGCUCACUACAACAGAGCCAGUAGAUGUCGUACCGCACAUCAGCAAAGAGAACAUGAUGGCCGCGAGAGCUAUCAAAAAAGGCGGCCACCAUCUACGGGCGUCUGAAAUUUCCAAGGCCCAGCCCGGAACAGCCGACUAUGUUCCUCCAGUUGCCAUGGAGGCGCUAAAAUACUGCCUUCGUGGGCGCUGGCGCCUGACUCCUCCUGUCCCACUCGAGGAUGGCUUCGAAGAAGCAGAAUUCCCCCUAAGGCCAGGCCAGAAACCUACAUCGACUGAUCCUCGCGACCUCGUGAUUGAAACGGAGGGCCCGGCAUCACACUACAUCUACAUGAUGCGAAUGUCACUGCGAUCGCCGACACCAUCCAAAUCGCACGUGAACCCGUCGAAAAAUACCAAACUUGUUUGGCAGGGCUUCUGGAGCUACAAUACCAUUACUGACGAUAUAGGCGAGUUCAGUCAUCGUAAUGACCGAGCAUUUGUGUUUCGUCGGGUUAGGGGCUGGGGGCUUCGUUAA